UCGGUUCCUCCUCUGCCGGGUUUCCCGUUGGGCCCGGUCCUGCCCUGCCGUCGCCCCGGGGUCCCGUCGCGCGCCGACGAGGGCGUGCCGGGCCCGUGUCCCCGCUCCGGGGGGGACUCCUGGGUGCUGCCGGGGAGAGCAGGGCCCUGCGCCAGGGACAGCCCGGCCGGGGACUGGCUUCCUCCACGCCGACGCUGAGCUGAGACGGUCCGCGGUAGUCACGCAGGCCAACAUGAAGGUGGAGCUGCUUCCAGCCCUCACGGACAACUACAUGUAUCUCCUCAUCGACGAGGAGACCCAGGAGGCCGCCAUCGUCGACCCCGUGCAGCCCCAGAAGGUGGUGGAGGUGGUCCGGAAACACGGCGUGAAGUUGACGACGGUCCUCACCACCCACCACCACUGGGACCAUGCUGGGGGUAACGAGAAGCUUGUGAAGAUGGAGUCUGGGCUAAGAGUCUAUGGGGGAGACAACCGCGUGGGAGCCCUGACGCAGAAAGUGUCGCACUUGACGUCCUUCCAGGUGGGAUCGCUUCAUGUGAAAUGCCUCUCGACGCCGUGUCACACGUCUGGACACAUCUGUUACUACGUGACCAAGCCUAAUAGUUCGGAGCCCCCGGCUGUCUUUACAGGUGACACGCUGUUCGUGGCCGGCUGUGGGAAGUUCUUCGAAGGGACCCCAGAAGAAAUGUACAAAGCUCUGAUCGAGGUCUUAGGCCGCCUGGACCCUGAAACGAGAGUUUACUGUGGUCACGAAUACACCAUCAACAACCUCAAAUUUGCCCGUCACGUUGAACCCAAUAACGCUGCCAUCCAACAAAAGCUAGCCUGGGCCAAGGCAAAAUAUGACAGCGGCGAACCCACCAUCCCAUCGACUAUUGCGGAAGAGUUCACAUACAACCCCUUCAUGCGCGUGAGAGAGAAGACGGUCCAGCAGCAUGCGGGGGAAACCGAUCCCAUCCGUACGAUGGGAGCCAUCAGAAAAGAGAAGGAUAAUUUCAAGGUACCAAAGGACUGAGACCUUUACCGGAACCACUUCCACGUCAGUUUCACCCUGUGUUAGGAACUAGAAGUUUCAUUGUCUGUUGUGGUGGUGAUGCAUUCACUGUUAGGUUUUCUAAUGGUCUUAAGUGGGGGGGAAAAGCACUUUGUUCUUGUUGAGAUGUUCUAUGGCAUAUUUAUAAGAUGUUAAAAAAUAUUUAUUCCUGGCUGCCUGAUGCAGGGAGGUUUUG